UAGCGCUCCAAGUGGAUCGUCGCGCGCGGCGCACGUUUUUCUCCUUUGGGCGGUUUCUUCUGCGUACAGCGUCGUUUUUCAUGCCGAGAGAUGAACGCGGAACUCAUCGCGGCUGGGAAUCUCGGCGGUACAAUGGUUAGGUAGUAGCGAUAUGCGAAGGAGGCGAGCGUCCGACUGCAUAUUUAUACGCCGCAUCAUCGGGAUGAGGAAGUGAGCGCAUGUGACUUAUUCGAUCAUAUAAAUGUAAUGGUGAAACUUUGAUGCGCUGCCCCCGAGGAAGAUAGGACGAAAUAAAAGUUUUUUACUUUUGCCAUUUUUGAGGAUCCCUAAGAUAUAAGAUAAUAUAACAUGCAACUCGACGAUCUGGAGAUUUACUUCUACGCCUUAACCGGACUGGCUUUGCUCUGUCUUCUCCUGAUAUUCAUAAUAUUCAUCCUCAUCGGUGUACUCUUCGGUAGAGUCGGACGCCUCAAGAUGGACUCUUCCAAUCAGCUUGGAAGGCAAACGAGAAUGAUGGACGAUUUCUGCUACACGAAUCCUUCGAUAGUCCCGGGCGAGGAGCUCUCGCGCCGUGGCUUUUCGAUGUACAGCGGCUCGGAGAGCUUCAACGACAAAAACACCUGGCGCGCCAGAGACGAAAGUCGACACAAGUUUUAAACGGCGCCACGCAAUUUGACUUUACGCUCGCGUCCCUGGUGUGCGUGCAAACAACAAUGCGCGUGUGAAAUUUACUUUAGUCUUGUUUAUUUUUUUCUCCGCGCGAUUGCGGUGUGUUUAUAUACCUUUGCGUUUUACGCGAUAACCAAAGUGUGUCAUUAUUUCUUACUGUACGUGAGAAUCGAGAAUCACUUUUUACAAGUUUUUUUUCUACAUGAAUUGACGCGUAUGCUCGAUGAGCCAAAGAUAUAAUCACUUCGUUGAUUGCGUUGCAAUAUAUGAUUCUGAUGAUACCAAUCGUCGUAUAGUAUGUAGUAGUCGUUGAGUUUUAAUUUAAUCUUAUUGUACAUACAUACAUAUGUUUUAUGUGUAACAAUAUUAUUAUUAAUUAAAUUUUAUUUCAUUUAUAUAUCAAUGACCGCCUAUGGAUGUAUUAUCGUUGGGAUAGUCUGUUUACGAUAAUUCCUCGUGUUUGGACUUUUUUUUUUUUUAAUUAGAAUGCCAUGGUUUAAAAAACGGAUUCUGAAUGAAUUUUAUAUCUGAAGAGAUACCGACUAAUUUAAUCUAGCGAAUAAUCAUUUGUAAUUUUUUAAGCAUUGGUAACGUCACGUAACCAAUCGUGUGAAUGUACCACAUUGUAAUAAUGAAACAAGAGAAAGAUUUUGGAAUUCCUACCUUAUCGACUGCUUGUAACGCGUGUAUUUUUAAGCCAAAGCUUUAAGUAACGCGUGCUAUGCGUCGCUUCCAGUCUUUCAAGUUGAAUGUAAUCUAUUUUUUUACCUUACUCCUUUGGAAAUUGUUCUUACAUUUUUUUUUUUUUUUUUCAGUUUAAAAGAUACAGCGCCUGUAAUAAAUGUAAUGAAAUUUGAAGGACUUUAAAACUGUUGAAA